GCCCAAGGCAGCACACACACGCGCGCACACACACGUGAGGACUAGCGCGGAGUAUCACGGCGAGGAGAGCUCGGCGUGCACCUGUCCCACACACACACACACACACACGCACGCACGGAGAGUCCCUGACCAGACGUCCUUAUGUGUGGAUGGGACCAAAGCUACACGGCGACCUCUCAAAGCUCGGCCAUGUUGACCAGUGAGGGGGCGCACACCAUGGAGCAGGACGCCUCCCACCAUGCCGCCAAGAUGGCCUCCAUCAGCUCAGACGGCGUCCGGACGGACUCGGACGUGGACAUGGACUCGAUGGAGGCAGCGGAUGAGGCUGACAUGACUCGCUGGACAGAGGCCGAGUUUGAGGAGAAGUGCACGUACAUUGUCAAGGAUAGCACAUGGGAGGCCGGACUGGAGGGGGAUGCUAACGCUAACGCUGCUAACACCGGCGGCAUCAGGGCACACGCCUCACUGCCCCGAAACCUCAUGUUCAAACACACAGCUGAUGGAAAAGAGGUUGUGGGCGUAUGCAGCCGGGAGUACAUCCCCAAGGGUACCCGCUUCGGACCCCUGGUUGGCCAAAUCUACACGGCCAACAGCGUGCCCAAAGACGCCAACCGCAAGUACUUCUGGCGGAUCUACGCCGAUGGCGACUUCCACCAUUUUGUGGACGGUCUGGACGAAUCUCGCUCCAACUGGAUGCGCUACGUUAACCCGGCCCACUCGGUGGCCGAGCAGAACGUGGCGGCGUGCCAGAACGGCUUGGACGUUUACUUCUACACCGCCAGGCCCGUGCCGGCCGGGGCUGAGCUCCUGGUGUGGUACUGCCAUGACUACGCACGCAGACUACACUACCCGCCAUCAGGGGACCUCAUGAUGCAGAAGCUCAAACGGUCCCUGCUGGAGGUGAAGCAGCAUCAGGCGUCUGACCCAUCGCCACCCACCUCCGCCACCCCUCGGGCCCCCAAGCGGGAGCACAGUGUACUAUCCAUCCUGCGGGAUGUCCCCAAGAGCGAGCCUAGCCGCCCUCUGCCCACUCGCUCGCGUUUCGCCUACAGCCCCGAGCGCCCCUUGUACCCACGUGCCCUCUACCCGCCCCUUAGGGGUAACCCCGAGGAGUUCCUAAAAGCAGGUGCCCUGGGUUACCCUCGUUCCCCUGGCGACCAGUCGUCGGCCACGCCCAGCUCAUCGGCGAGGAGCAGCCCGGAGAGCAGCCCCCAGGGAAGCCCGUCCGUGCCUUUCUACCCGGGCGGACUGGGGCCAUAUCCCAGCUACUCUCCGCCGUCCGCCGCCCCGCUGUCGUCCUUCUACCCCCCAGGGGCGCCCUACUCUCGCUACCUCCUGCCGCAUCACUAUGCGCUUCCUGGGGGCGGUGUCCCCACCGUGGGGGGAAUCUACCCCAGGAUGUACCCACUUUACCUGCCCCCCCACGUGCCCCUCCUACCCUCAGACGUGGCAGGGCGGCGUUUCCUGAUGUCAGACGCCACCCAUCCAUCCCGGGACUUCCUCCUACCGGCGCCCACUAGCGCCUUCUCGGCAGCCGCCUCCCUCAAGGACAAGGCGACCGCGCACCGCCCUUACGCCGGUCACCACUCCCCGUCUACCGGAUCCCCCGCUCCGGGGGUUCCCGGUGAGCGGGCGCCCACCAAGCUGUGCGACUCGGACGAAGAGGCGGUGAACCUGGUGAAGGUGAAGCGGGGUGUUGGCUCUGCCGGGUACAAAGCGCUGCCCUACCCGCUCAAGAAGCACAAUGGGAAAAUCAAGUAUGAGUGCAAUGUGUGCACCAAGACUUUCGGACAGCUUUCCAAUCUCAAGGUCCACCUCCGUGUCCACAGCGGCGAGCGACCGUUCAAGUGUCAGACGUGCAACAAGGGCUUCACACAGCUCGCCCACCUGCAGAAACACUACCUUGUCCAUACGGGAGAGAAACCGCACGAGUGCCAGGUGUGCCACAAGCGCUUCAGCAGCACCAGCAACCUGAAGACCCACCUGCGCCUCCACUCGGGCGAGAAGCCGUACCACUGCAAGCUGUGCCCGGCCAAGUUCACGCAGUUUGUACACCUCAAGCUCCAUAAGCGCCUGCACUCCCGCGAGCGCCCCCACAAGUGCUCGCAGUGCCAUCGCCACUACAUCCACCUGUGCAGCCUACGGCUUCACCUCAAGGGCUACUGCCCGGCCACUGCUCCCCACCACAUCGCCGCCGAUGAAGUCCAACGCGCCAACGAGGAAAUCGAACGCUUCGACAUGAGCGAGCAUGCUGAGCAACUGGAGAGGCUCCAAGGCGGAGCAGAGUUGGACGCCGUCUUAGAGAAGCAGGUUCUGGGGGCCGGGUGGCGCCAGUCUUCGGUCAUCAAGGUGCGGCGCGGACUUGCCGUCAAACAGGAGGCAGAUGUGUGAGGGAGGCGAGGUGGGGACCACUUCAGGGACUCGCUACUCAGGGCUCAAAUUUGACAAUCACCCUCCUAAGGUCUCCAUUUCCACACUUUUAAUUUAUUAGAUGAUGUUUCCAGAACAUUCUUCAGGGUUUACAAGAAUGAUUCCACAAUUUUGUCUGUGUCCCUUUACCACUUAAUUUAAAUGACAGGAACAAAGGGCAAGUGUGUGUGUUACAACAGUUACCUCAGAGUGCAUGUGGGAGUACAUGUGAGAGUGCGCGUGUGUCAAGGGAAAGGCUGAAGACGGAAUUUUUUUUUCUAUUUAUUUGCUCUUUGGCUACUUGAAGAAGAAGAAAUGAAAGUGGAGUGCAGCUGGUCAACAUGUAGCACCUGUUUUGUCAUUGUUUUAGUUAUAAUACUGAUGACACUGUCAGUGAUGUGGACUUGACGCUCAAAACCAAAGUUGACUGCAUGGACUUCCAGAAUGCAAAAUGCAGGAAGAAUGUGAAGAAGGGACUUUGAUUUUAUUUUAUUUAAUUUGUUUUUCAUAUGAAAUUUACGUCAUUUUACUUGUAUUGUUAUUUUAUUUGCAAUGAAUUAUAGACAUUGUCAGUGAUGCGGAUGUGACACUCAAAACCAAAGUUGACCAGAUUUCUAAACUGUAAACGUCCAAAGUAGCAACAAUUUGAAGAGAUUUUGUUAUUUAAUUUAUUUUUACUUUAUUUUUUUAAUUAAUUUUAAUCAUCUUGUUAAUUUCCAUUUCAAUUAUUUAAUUUGAAUUUAAUUUUACUUUUUUUUAAUUUGUUGAUUUUUAUUUUCAUUUUUCACUUUGAUGCUAUUUCUAAUUUUAUUUUACAAUUUCUUUUAAAUAUGUUCAUUUUAUUAUAAAUAACACUUUGUGUGACACUCCAAACAAAAGUUGACUGGACUAAAAACUGCAAACAUCCAAACCAGGGAGAAUUUGAAGAAGGAAUUUUAUUAGAUUGAAUAUUUAACUUUUAAUUUUUUAAAUUCAUUUUAUCCUUUAUUUUGUUUUCAUCUUUUAUUUACUUUCAUUUUGUACUUUUAUUUAUUCACUAACCUUUUAAAAAAAUGUAUUCUUAUUUUUCAUUUGGAAUAUUUUUGUUUAUUUUUUCAUCAAUUUAAAUAGUUUUCUUAAUUUUCAUCUUUUCAUUUUAUUUUACUUUUGUUUCAGCUUUAAUUAUAGUUUUAAAGCAUUUUAUUCAUCCAUUUUUUAAAAUUGUAUUCUUAGUUUUCAUUGGUUUUUACUUUUUAUAUUUAUUUUUUCCAUUUUAAUAAAUUUAAAUUUAUUUUAUUUUCAUUUUUAAAAAAUAUUUAUUUUACUUCAAUUGUAACUUUUAAAAAUUUUGUUUUACUCUUCUAUUCACGUUUUUUUUUUUAAAUUUGCUCUCAAUAACAACACUGUCCAUGUGUGACGCUCCAAACCAAAGUUGACUGGACUUCCAAACUGCAAGCGCCCAAAGCAGGAAGAAUGUGAAAAAGAAAUCAAGGGACUUUUGAUUUAAUUUUUGUUCCGAGCCUCUCCCCCAACCACCUUUCUUAUGCACUGGCCCCGCCCCCUUUCGCAUCUUCCUCUUUGACCAAAAAGUGUCUCGUCUUGUUGUUCGUCGAGCUUUAAACUUCACAAACUGUGUGUGCGUCUGUGUUUACAUGCUGGUUGGUUUACAAAUUGUUUAAUUUAUGUGCAAAAAUGUCCAAAUGUGUAAAUUAUUUUGAGAAUUAUAAAUAUUCACUGCUUUUAA